AUGGCGGAAUGGAUAUGCGGAGCCAUACGGGGUGGCACGUUAGAAGGGGAGUACGCCCCUGCUCUCACUAUAAAGGACUCAAUUCAAAGUCCAUUUGGAUUCCUAGUCUUCAAUCACGUCCUCCCACAGCUCUCUUCCUUUGUUGUUGCCCAAAAAUCUCAGUCGCAGAUUAGGGUUUUGGAUCGUUGUACUGACCCACUGGGUUGGAGAAGCAAGCUCAUGGAGAGUGGGAGAAUUGCAAAUUUCAUUCCUGGAACUUCAACUAGGGCUAGUUUAUAUAAAAACGUGAAAGACUUGGAUAAGUUAUUGUUGGCAAUUAUUGAACUAGGGAAAGAAUCGGUUGGAGAUGGAAAGGGACGUUUUGCGGUUGCCAUAGACGUGUUAAGCGAGAUGCUAUUGCACACAUCCAACUCUUCAGUUGCUGGACUUCUAAGCAACCUUCGCAGCCAUAUACUUGGCUUUCUCGGUUUCCCCUUUCCCCUUCCUGCCCACUGCAGGUUUGAUCUUGUUUCAUCAGGCCAGCUCUUUUUGGUUGAUUUGGGCCAGUAUGAUUCCAAGUCCCCAGUUUACCAUACUGCUGAUUGCGAUGGUGUUGAUGGGUUUGAGUUCUGCGCAGUUCUUNAGUAUGAUUCCAAGUCCCCAGUUUCCCAUACUGCUGCUUGCGAUGGUGUUGAUGGGUUUGAGUUCUGCGCAGUUCUUGGAUAG